AUGCGCCAACACUGCAGAGGCGAACAGAAGAAAAACGUACUUCCUCAUAAACAUGAAGUUAACAUCUAAGAAAGACCGUUAUGAUGUAAAUACUUUAUGUUUGUAGAUAUAGCUGCGAUUAUAAUUGUAUAAAAAUAAUUAUAAAGAGGUGAUGAACUCUCUAGUGGGAUACGGAGUCUCAUCUGAUUCAGAGGAUGAAGAAGAAACACAAAGCGGAGCAGCAAAGAAUGAGGAGAAUGAGUCCAAACAGAAGAAAUCACGCAACUUCCUGUUGGAAUCUGGAUCAGCUUCCAGUGAGUCUGAUUCAGAGUCUGAUCCAGAUGAAGAGCAGGAAGAAGAACGUGCUCCAGUGAGUGUCGCCUCAUCGUCUGAGCACCCCCUUUCUCCCUCUGUCAGUUCUGCGUCUAAUAAACUGCCUUCUCCUGCUCUGGGAGGGUUCUGCGUUCCAGCCGGCAGCAGCGUGUUUGCGAACCCGUUUAAAGAGCAAGCAGAACAGAAACUCAACGUGCUCCAGAAACACGUCCCACUCACAGCCCAGGCCCAGCCCUCACACAUCGGUGGUAAGAGGGUGUGUGUGGCCUACAGGAAGAAUGGACGCUGCCGUUUCGGAAUCCGUUGCAAAUUCGCUCAUGACAGUGACCUGCAGCAGAACGUGGCAGAACCCACUGACUUGGACUCGAAUAACUCUGCAACUGACACUCCGGCCUGCAGGGAGUCAGCUGUAGAGAGGGAAAGAGAAGAUGGGGAGGAGAAUCAGAGCAAGAAGAAGAAGAACCGUGUUGGAGUUAGCGAUAGUCUCAUCCCUCCUAAACGGGCGCUGAAGCAGUACGCCAUGCAGAGGGACGUCUCACACGCACAUACAUGAAGACGGGGUGUGAGAAAUGAGAUCUGGACUCUUAAAACUACCCCAGGUGUGGACUGAUGAGUGACAUGCUGUGUGAAGGAUUGUGGUUUUAUCCUGGGUGUAUGUUAGAUAGAACUCCUACAUUGAGACUGACACACAGAGGCCACACCUCCUACACUGAGACUGACAAAUGGAGGCCACGUCUUCUACACCGAGACUAAUGCACAGAGGCCACGCCUCCUGCACUGAGACUAGGACACAGAGGACACACCUCCUACAGAGACUGACACACUGAGGCCACGCCUCCUACACUGAGACUGACACACAGAGGCCACACCUCCUACACUGAGACUGAGCUCAGACAUUCUCCAUGUUUUGUGUUGAUUGUAACAAACACUAACAACACAUCACACAUUAUUCGUUCAGUUUUGGGUUUUUUUUUAUGUAAAAAACAGCACACAGUUUCAACUGUUCAGCCUCCGUAUGCUGUUACAUCAGGUGUUGAGCAUCAGUCAGGACGGGUCAGUAAUUAUGAGUGUAGAAUUCAGUGACUAUUUCUGUCUCUACAACACUUCAGCAUUUCAGCACAUCCCAUCUGGCUCUUAUCACAGCAAUGAAGAGUCGACUCUUUCAGCUCCAAAUUGACUCCUUUUACAAAGUUCCUCAUGUCUAACUGUGGCUGAAACUGUUUCAUGAAAUCUUUCUGUCGAAGUGUUUUGAAUAAACUACAGCGUUCUGGAUUAACCAUCAUCAUAUCGUCC